CAAGAUGACGGAAACAACUCUGGGAAAAAAUAAAAAUUUGUCGAGGCAAAGUCAAAUCUUUAGGACCGACUCGCACUGGCGCACUUAUAAAAACAAAAGCUGAAUGUCAGCAGAAGGAGGAGGUUUGAUCUGAUGGAUGGAGCUUAUUAUCAAGUCAAACAUGGCGUUUUAUUUAAAACAGUUUUUGAUAUUAUUUCAACGAGUUGAUUUUUCUAAACAGCAAAGAAAACUACAGUAGCAGCUACAAUGCUGAUCUCCGUUUUGUCCCGAAGAGAGCAGCAGCAGCUCUGGGUUUGGUCUUUUGGUUGGUGGCAGAGCAGGAACAUGUGGUCGUGCAGCGGCCAAUGCCGAGCCCAGGGCAGGCAGUCGGCACUGUCGGAGCAGCAGCGGAAAGAAAACCUCUCUUAAAAAGACAGACGAGACACGGGAGAGGGAGGAUUCGGUUACGGAGCAGAAGAUCAGGAUGCGGCGGGAGGUGGAUGCUGCAGAGGAGGCUGCAGGGAGGUGAAAACAAACAAACGGGACAAGCUGUACUUUCCAAGUCUGAAGAUGUAGGCGAUACACCAGAGGAGCGCUCGGUCAGAGUGGGUCUGUGAACGCACCGUAACAUCACAGCACUUGUGUUUCAAGACUAGUGAAGGUGGCGAGCUGCAACCUGAGAAGCUCCACUUCCACCUAGGAUGACUAAUUAGUAAUUACUCAUCAAGGAGCAUAGAAUCACCCCGGAUCAGAUGUUGUCCACGGCUCAGCAGAUGCUGCAGGAUAGUCGCUCCAAGAUCGAGCUGAUCCGACUGCAGAUUAUCAAAGUGACCCAGGCCGGCGGCGGAGGAGAGGAUGAUGGAAACCAUAACAACUCCACUCACGGAGAAGCUCCUCCGGUCUCUCUCAGUCCCGUCGACGCUCGUUUGGCAGAGCUGCAGCACUACAUGCAGAGAGAAACCGACGCCUUGGUUCUGGCCAAAGACGUGGUGAAGCAGCUGCAGGGGAUCUCAGAACUGGACCAGAAGGCCCUGGCUGAGGCUCAGUUUCGAGUUCAGGAAUCAUCCCAGAAGCUGGACCUUCUGCGGCUGUCCUUGGAAAACUGCCUGAAAGAAAAGCAUCAGGAGCCUCUACAGGAGAUCGAGCCUUCAGAGGACCCGCCGCCGCCGCCAAACCUCCAAACUGUGCGUCCACCGCCCUCAACGCCACCCACCUUCUCCAUCAGACCGGCGUCUUUAACGGGCAAACUUGAAGUGCGACUUCUUGGAUGUGAGGAUUUACUGAAACCUCUGAAAGACGUGGAUCAGAAAGAUCCUUCAAGUCCCAGCGAGGACGACUCGACGGUUCCACACAGGACUGACGGAUCGCCCACGGAGGUCAGGGCGGUGCUGCGGCUCGACGGCAGAGCGGUCGGACGGACGCGCUGGGCGACCGCCGGCAGACUGAGCUGGGAUCAGAUGUUCUACAUCCAGCUGGAGCGGUCUCGAGAGCUGGAGGUUUGCGUCUUCUGGCGGGACCGGAGCUCGAUGUGCGCCGUCAAGUUCCUGCGACUGGAGGAGAUGAUGGAAAACCCGAACCACAACCAGGACCUCACUCUGGAGCCACGGGGCCUCCUCUUCAUCAAGCUUCGAUUCAUCGACACGGUGGUGGAGCGACAACCCAAACUGAGACGUCAGCGAUGUAUUUUCACUAAAGAGAGAGCAAACCUCCAGUGAUCAAACUCAGCGUCGCAGAGGAUCAGCCGCCGCCCGACAGCAUCAACCAGGAGGGAAAAACCUCCAACUUCAUCGCUACAGAUCAACAAAACUCAUCCGUGCCUGCGCCGCCAGAAAAACUGGUGUCGAUCAGCUCUGUGAAAGAUUGUGAAGAUCAGCCCGUGUCUGUUUUAAAGAUGCAAGUGGAGGAUUUCAAACUUAUUUCUGUUCUGGGACGAGGACACUUUGGAAAGGUGCUUCUAGCAGAGUUUAAGACGACGGGACGACUGUACGCCAUUAAAGCCUUGAAGAAAAGAGACAUUGUGACUCGAGAUGAGGUGGACAGCCUCAUGAGCGAAAAGAGGAUCUUCGAGAUGAUCAACGCCUCCCGACACCCGUUCCUGGUCAACCUGCACGGCUGCUUCCAGACCAGCGACCACGUCUGCUUCGUCAUGGAGUAUCUGCCCGGCGGCGACCUGAUGAUCCACAUCCACAGCGACGUCUUCUCCGAGGCUCAGACCAGGUUUUAUUCGGCGUGCGUCCUGCUGGGUUUAGAGUUCCUGCAUCUGAAUAAAAUCAUCUAUCGAGAUCUGAAGCUGGACAAUCUGCUGAUGGACGCGGACGGAUUCGUGAAAAUUACAGACUUUGGACUUUGCAAAGAAGGGAUGGGUCACGGAGAUCGCACCUCCACUUUCUGCGGGACCCCGGAGUUCCUGGCCCCCGAGGUCCUGACAGACGACAACUACACCCGAGCCGUGGACUGGUGGGGGUUGGGGGUCCUCAUCUACGAGAUGCUCGUCGGAGAGUCUCCGUUCCCCGGUGAAGAUGAGGAGGAGGUGUUCGACAGCAUCGUCAACGACGACGUGCAGUAUCCGACAAACAUUCCUCCUGACGCCAUGUCCAUCAUGCAGAAGCUGCUGAAGAGAAACCCGGUGAAAAGGCUCGGAGCCGGAGAGAGAGACGCCAACGAGGUUAAAGGAGAGAGAUUCUACCAGAACAUCGACUGGGAAGCCCUGAUGGCGAAGAAGCUGGAGCCACCGUUCCUGCCGUCCAUCAAGGACUCAACGGACGUCAGCAACUUCGACUGCGACUUCACUCGCCUCCGGCCGGUCCUGUCACCGCCCUCCAAGCCCUUCAGCCUCUCCGCCGAGCAGCAGGAAGCAUUUUCAGACUUCGACUUCUGCGCUUUGCACGGCUGAAAUUUAAAAAAAAAACCCUGGAGGAGGAAAUCGGCGCCGGUUCGUCCAUCUUUACCGUCCACCUCUGCAGGUAAACUACUAUAAAUAUGCAUGAAUACCAAGUGGUUAUUACUCAAUGAACUUCCAGAAACGCUGAAUAUUUCCUCUGUUCUUGCUGUAUUAACUGAUACAGUGAAGUAGCAUUAAAAUAUUCAAUCAGCCCUUUUUUAAAACCUCAUUCUGGACUCUUCUAACUUCCUGUUGCUGCUGAUUGUUGCCCUGUUUUGACCUUGCUGAUUGUUUAAAAAGAAAAGUAGUCAAAUCUUUAGCAGAGGGAACUAUUGAUCAACUUUAACAAGCAGAACUUUAUCCUCCUAAUCAGUGAAAAUCCUCACUGGAUGACCUUUUAAGGAAAGUUUUCACUUGUAGUCACGACUCAUUGGAGGUUUCUGCAGCUGAGUCACCGACGAGCAGAGCAAAGCUGGCAGUGACCGCUCUCAGUUAUCAUCCAAUUACUGACCCUUCGUUGAUGAAUUAACCAAACUGUAGUUUUUAACUGAGCUGAGGAUGUGAGCGUUGGCUUUUUCUCACUUUAAUCUGAAGCUAAAACUUGCCUCAUGCUGUUGGAGCACAUUUGGUUUGAUUUUUUUUAUUUUAUUUUACAUGUGUUUUUUUUUACUUGACAAGGAGAGACUAAAGUUCUGACAUUUCCCACCUGAUACACCUGUAGUUGAAGCAACUCAACAAAACACAGAGCUGCCUUACGUGAUGACUGUAUGACGAUGUUGAGGCAUAAAAAGGAAACAUUCUCAAUGUUUAAAUCAUGUCUUUUGUCUGUGGAGGCAGCCUGUGGGCUUCUGUCCCUCUAAAACCACAGAAUGUAUAGAAAUAACUCAAAACAAAUUCAGCUAAAAGCAUUUUAAGCCUCCCGCUUGCUUCGUGGCCUUCGCUUAGUAUACAACCCCCAUUCUGGGACAAAUGUGUAAAAUGUAAAAAAGGCAAUAAUUUGCAAAUCUCAUAAACUCAUUUUUAAUUCCUAAUGGAGCAGAAUGAAUAUAGUAAAGUGCCUGUGACAUCAGUUUUUUGUAAUAAACAUCAAUGCGUUUUUGGAAAGAGAACAUUGAUAAAAUAUUGCUAAACAAAUUUCAAGCCACUGAGAUGAACAGUUGUUGAGAUAUUGGCAUGUGAAGGAACAGGAAGUGAUGUCAAAGGG